GGCAUUAAAAAAGGGCGGGCAGCCCAGCCUGGCACAGCAGCGGUCCCAGAGCCCGGAGCGUGAACAUGGGGAACUCACAUUCCAAAGGCCGCGACAGACACGGCUCUCUCCCAGGCCACCCAGAGCUGUCUUUUUACAGCUCUUUCCCCAGGAAAUGGAGCGAGAAUGUCUUCUUAGAUAAUGAGCUGUUGACCUCCAAGAUCCUGUCCGUGCUGCGGCCUCAGUCGGAGCAGGGCUUGCACUCGGGCGGCCUUCGCUACCCAGCCCAUUUUAUCAGCACCAACUCGGUCUUUGCCUCUGUUGCAGCCUCGCUCAAAGAACACCCCCGGACCGCCCUCCUGUCCAAUGGCAGCCCAGCCCUCUCCAGGAAUGUCGGCAUGACGGUCUCUCAGAAAGGGGGUUCCCAGCCAGCACCGAGCCCCGCUGGAACUGGGAUGAGACUCGGACCAAUCUCAGGAGAGAUGGAUGAAGCCGAUUCGGUGUUUUUAAAAUUUAAGCAGGCAGCUGAUGACUCUCUUUCACUCACAUCUUCAAACACUGAGUCCAUUUUUGUAGAAGAACCCUGUGCUGCCUCCCUGAGGAAUGAGAUUGAAUCUGACAGCCACGAGUUCGAGGCUGAGUCUUGGAGCCUUGCUGUGGACUUGGCCUACGCCAAGAAACAAAAAAGGGAGGUGGUGAAAAGACAGGAUGUCCUUUAUGAGCUGAUGCAGACAGAGGUUCACCACGUGCGCACGCUCAAGAUCAUGCUGAAGGUGUACUCCAGAGCCCUGCAGGAGGAGCUGCCGGGCAGCUGUGAUUCCCUUAGCCGCCUCUGCGUCUGUGCCAAUGACCUGCUGGACAUGCACAUCCGCUUUCUCUCUCUGCUCAAGGAGCGCCGCCACCAGUCCCUGGAGGAGGGCAGCGACCAGAAUUACAUCAUCCAAAGAAUCGGAGACCUCUUGGUGCAGCAGUUUUCAGGUGAAAAUGGAGAGAGAAUGAAAGAAAAAUAUGGAAUAUUUUGCAGCAGCCACAAGGAGGCUGUCAGUCAGUAUAAGUUGCUGUUGCAAAGCAAGAAAUUUCAAAACUUGAUCAAGAAAAUUGGCAACUCCUCCAUUGUGAGGCGGCUGGGCAUGCAGGAGUGUAUUCUUCUGGUCACUCAGCGCAUAACUAAGUACCCAGUUCUGGUGGAGCGCAUCAUUCAGAACACGGAAGCCAGCACCGAGGACUACGAAGACCUAACCCAGGCCCUAAACCUCAUCAAAGACAUCAUCUCACAAGUAGACACCAAGGUCAGCGAAUAUGAGAAGGGCCAACGCCUCAGGGAGAUUGCAGGGAAGAUGGACCUGAAAUCCUCCAGCAAACUCAAGAAUGGGCUCACCUUCCGCAAGAAUGACAUGCUUCAGCGGCAACUGUACCUGGAGGGCACACUGUGCUGGAAAGCCACAUCAGGGCGCUUGAAAGAUGUCCUUGCUGUCCUGCUGACAGAUGUGCUUUUGCUGCUACAAGAAAAGGAUCAGAAGUACAUCUUUGCUUCCGUGGACUCGAAGCCUCCUGUUAUCUCUUUACAAAAGCUCAUUGUGAGGGAGGUGGCCAAUGAAGAGAAAGCAAUGUUUCUGAUCAGCGCCUCCCUGCAAGGGCCCGAGAUGUACGAGAUCUACACGAGCUCCAAAGAGGAUAGGAACACAUGGAUGGCGCACAUUCGAAGGGCUGUAGAGAGUUGUCCCAACAAGGAGGAAGGGCCCUUCAGCGAGGCCGAUGAGGAAAGGAAGGUGAUUGAAUACCGCGCGAUGAGGCUCAGGGACUUCCAAGAGCGGUUGAGCCUGAAAGACCAGCUGAUCAUGCAGAGCCUCGCAGAAAAGCGACAGAUCUACCUGGAGAUGGCUGAGAUGAGCGGACUGGAAGACGUUGCCCAGGCUCGCACCCUCUUCCAUGGAGCAGACCCUGCUGAGACCCUGCAGGGGGAGCUGAUUUUCAAGUCAGCCAUGAGUGAGAUGGAGGGCAUUCAGAGCCUCAUCUGCAGGGAGCUGAGCUGUGCCGUCAGUCAGGCAGAGGAUGGAGGCAGUUCUGUGGGCCUGCCCAGGAGGGCCGAGACCUUUGGAGGCUAUGACAGCACCAAUAGCCCCAGCAAGAAUGGCAGUUUUAAGAAGAAAGUCUGCAGCACUGACCCCAGGCCCCGAGACUGGCAAGGCCCCACAAACAGCCUGGACCCAAAGUUUGGUGACAGCGAUACCUCUGGGGGCUCUGAGCAAUCACCACAGGUGGUGGAAGCACCCGGCAUGGAGUGUGGUCGUCUGCUCACUGUCCUGGAAUCGGAGCUGGUCCAGCGGCUCCAAAUACUGUACCAGUUGCUCCUGAGCCUGCAGGCUGUCGUAGUGCGACAGAACAGCUAUGUGGAGACGCUCCGGGAGCGUGAGAAGCAGUUCCGGCUGCAGUCGACGCGCGGGAACCUGCUGCUGGAGCAGGAGCGACAGCGCAAUUUCGAGAAGCUGCGCGAGGAGCAGGCAGGUGUGGAGAAGCUGCAGAGCCAGCUGCGGCAGGAGCAGCAGCGCUGGGAGCGCGAGCGCCAGCGGCAGUGUCAGGAGCUGGAGCACGCAGCCACACAGCUGCAGGAGCGCGAGGACGAAGCACGGCGGCUGCAGGAGCGGCUGGCGCAGGAGCGCUGUGAGCUGGAGGGCCAGCGCCAGGCCUACCAGCAUGACCUGGAGCGGUUGCGUGAGGCCCAGCGCGCUGUGGAGCGAGAACGCGAGCGCCAGGAGCUGCUGCGCCGCCUCAAGAAGCAAAACACAGCGCCAGGGUCGCUGCCGCCUGAUGCACUGGUCGAGGCCCAACCCACAAGCCAUCCUCCUAGCUUCAAUGGGGACGGGCUGGAGGGAUCACGAGUGAACAAGUUGCUGCCUGGCAUUGGGCCUGAGUACACAGAGCGCCCUGAGGUGGCUCGCCGAGACAGUGUACCAGCUGAGGGCCGGCCAGCCAAGAGUGAUGUGCCCAUCCAGCUGCUCAGUGCCACCAACCAGAUCCAGAAGCAGGCAGCCGUGCAGCAGCAGAUUCCCACCAAGCUGGCUGCUUUCACCAAGGGCAGCAAGGACAAGGGCAGCAAGAACAGGGGUUCCCAGCGCUGGGAGAGCUCAGCAUCCUUUGAUCUAAAGCAGCAGCUGCUGCUCAACAAAUUCAUGGGGAAGGAUGAGAGUGCCUCACGGAGCCGCCGGUCACUGAGCCCCAUCCUGCCUAGCAGCCACGGCCCUGCGCCCCUUGCAGACCCCUGCUCCCCAGCCCCAAGUCCGGCCCCAGUGGACAGCGCCCCUGACUGCUUCUCCCUCAACGCUGGGACCACAUCUUUCCUGCCGGUGCCCCCAUCCCCCUCACCAGCCACUCCACUCACUGCCAAGGAGGAAACCAGCAAGGAAGACGUCAUCUUCUUCUAAAAAGGCUGGGGCUUGAGGUGCAUACCCUCCUAGCCCUGCCUACCCUCUGCUCUCUGGGGACCCCCAUAGGGUCACCAUGCUGCCCAGCUGUCCCCCUCCCCUUCCUAAGCAAACCACUGACAGCUGCCUGGCUGGAGCUGCCUGUUGGUGCUUUGGGUCUCACAGCUCUUUCUGUAGGAUUAGCAGUGGUACCUGGGUCAUUUUCUAAAUCUUUUUUUUUUUUUCCCAAAAAGGAAAGUUUUUAAUCGAAGGUUGAACCAGAGACAAACCAAGGAGCUGUUCUAAAUUGUAGCACCCCCAUUUGGGCAGAUCAACCUCAAGCCAUUUUCCCAAGGCAGUCAGGAAUGGUGAUGCUGGUUCUGCAAGGGGCUAAAGGAUGGGACAGACCUCCAUCUAGGAAGGAGCUGCUGGCCCCAGCCAGGCUCCUCGGCCAUCUAGUAGAUGCUAGAACAGGCAGUCAGAGCACCAGGGGGCUGGUGUUGUCACCUGUUGUCUGUGUCCAGUGUUGGGCAGGAUCCACUUCCACAGCAGAGACCCAUGCAGGUUCACAAUGACCCUCGGGGCUACGGGAUGAUCCAGGCACGGGGUGGACAACCAGCUCUGAGGCAGAGAUAGCCAUAGGACAAGACCAGGUGGGUCUUGAGGGCACAGGUGGGUUAUUUGGGUCCAGAAGUUCAUCUAGAAAGGGACUGACCUAGAGUCCUUUUAACUUGGCAGAGCUUUCUUUUUUUUUUCGAGACAGAGUCCCACUUUGUCACCUUCUGUGGAAUGCUGUAGCGUCAUAGCUCACAGCAACCUCAAACUCUUGGGCUCAAGCAAUUCUCUUGCCUCAGCCUCCCAAGUAUCUGGGACUAUAGGCUCCUGCCACGAUGCCUGGCUAUUUUUAGAGGCAGGGUCUUGCUCUGGCUCAGGCUGGUCUCCAACCUGUGAGCUCAGGCAAUCCACCCAACUCGGCCUCCCAAGUGCUAGGACUACAGGCGUGAGCCAUUGCACCCAGCCAACUUGGGUUAACCCCAAGUUGUUAACCCCAAGCUGUUAACCCCAUUUGCCCUGCCACCCUUUAUCCAGGGCCAGCACAAGCCCUGGGUGGAGGGUCCUCAGCCCCCCUGGAAAGAGCUAGUGCUUCUUGGGUGAGCUGAUGUUCGCCUGCAUGGUGGAUAAACACGACACGUCCCAGGCUUGGGGAGGAAACACCUAGAGGUGCUUGCAGUGAGUGGACAAAUGGUCACCUUACAAGGCCCUCACCUACUGUGAGCUGUUGCAAUGCAUGAUCCAUUUCCCUAGAGGAGUAGGGCGGGCAUUGGGGAUGGUGUCUAGUGUCCAUCGUCCUCCCAGAUGGCAUGUGGGCCCCAGCUAGAGCCCUUCCCAAGUCCUGCACUCUGGGCAGUACUCAGCCUUCUCCCAGUGCACGGGUAGAGCACCCCAUGAGGCCUAACACAGUGGCUGGAAUAUUCCCAUUACUUGGAGACAGGCAGGUACUGGAGAGAGGACCUCCUUGAGAAAUGCUCACCUCAUAGCUAAGGUGCCUGCUUGGUGCCACAGGCUUGGGAGGGGGCAGGGCAGAGGCAGGCUCUGACCAGGAACAGGGGGCCCUUAGCCAGUCUGUCACAGGGUACCAAGAACAACAGCUCCCAGCGUCACCUGAGCAUACCAAGUGGCACCUGACCUCUCAGAGAACCUUGACCUCCAAGCCUGGCCCUUUGCCAUCAGCAGCAAUCAAGCCUGAGACCUAGGUGUCCCCAUCCCUGUCAGAUCUCAACUGUGCCAUGCUGAUAAUCAGUGUUUAGUACUUUUAUACUGAGAAGCACUUUAGAAGAGCUGACUUUACAUUUCUGUUCUGUCGUGAAGAGGACAUUCCUGGCCACCCUCUUAGACACCAUGAUUCCUUGGAUGAGGAGAAUUCAAUUAAUCUCUGCUCGGCCAUGAGGCAGAGGGGUUUCUCACGUGUGCUGCGCAGUAGGGCAGUGUUGUCAGUCCUUCUUUCACUGGAACCCUCAGCCACUCCUGGGUGGAGCCCAAUUUUAAAGCCGCUAACGGUUGAGCAUAUGUUCCUAUAUUUGUGGGUUCUGUACACGUCCUCGUCAUUUGUGUCCACCUGCUAAUUGUUUUUAUGAUUACAUUUCCUCACUGCAGGAUAUUUCAGAACCACCUUAGAACUUAAGAUCCGAUUUUAGCAAUAAAGUGUCUAAGAUGAGCUCUGACUGA